AUGAACGAGAGUACGCCCUCGCCCAGCCCGGCACCCGUGCCGAAAGCCUCAUCCCACCCAAAACUGUCUCCGUCGCCUCGCGCCGGUACAAAGCGCAAGCGCACCACAGGCGCCAAAUACUAUGCCGUGAAAAAUGGCUUCAAGCCGGGUCUUUACUACUCGUGGAAUGACUGUUUGGCUCAGAUAACAGGAUUCAAGGGAGCUAUCUUUCAAUCAUUCCCUUCAUACGAAGAAGCGAACGCGUUCCUGAAUGGCCUUAAGAUGCCGCCGAGCGGUGAUUCCGCAACCGAGAACACGAGAUUCUACGGGAUACAACGAGGUCGGGUCCCCGGUGUGUACACAGACUGGUCGAAGGCGCAGGAGCAAAUCCGAGGGUUUCAAAAACCGCGGUACCGGAAGUUCUCGACUCGAGAAGAGGCGGAGGAUUUCGUCAAGUCUGGAGACCAGCCGCCCGCGGUCGGAUUCGGCGAGGUCAAGACAACCAUCGUAACCCCUGGUAUGAUGAGUGAGAACGCAAAGGAUGCAGACGGUGUCGAGUUUGUCGCAGGCGACGGUCCCCUACCAAAUGGAGCGGAGGACGGCUUCGACCCCAAUGUGCUCUUGGAUCCGACCACUGGCAAAUUGGUGUACAAGACAACACAGCAAAAGGCAGCUACAAAAACACAGACUGCAGGUAUUCCGGGGAUGUUGCGGAUAUACACGGAUGGGAGUUCUUUGCGAAAUGGUACCAAAUUAGCAUCUGCUGGAGUGGGUGUGUUCUUCGGACCCGGAGACACAAGCAGGAAUGUCUCGGAGCCAUUAAAGGGCGCUCGUCAAACAAAUCAGCGCGCCGAACUGACUGCAAUUCUACGAGCCAUUGAUAUUGCGCCCCGACAUCGUGACGUGACAAUCGUGACUGAUAGCCAAUACUCCAUCAACUGCGUCACAGUGUGGUUCACCAACUGGAAGCGCAACAACUGGAUGACCAAGGACAAGAAGCCGGUUGAGAAUCGCGACCUGGUUGAACCGAUCCUCGCGAGGAUCGAAGAGCGCAACGAACUCAAGGUGAAGACCUUGUUUGAGUGGGUCAAGGGACAUAAUAAAGAUCCUGGCAACGAGGCUGCGGACCAACUGGCGGUUAACGGGGCGCAGCAAGGCGUGCAGGAAAAGGCGACGGCGCUGGAAAAUAGGCUCCCAGAAGUAGUCAAAGAUGAAUUCUAG